AUGAUGCCGGAGUAAAGUUAACCUCUUUGUUAAGCUUGACAUUUCUAUCAAUGAGUAUUAACUGAAUUUAAAUCAUCUUUGGGCAAAAAUAAUCAUGGACGUGGAUCUGCUGCGGCCAGGAACCGUUCCGAUUUCACCUGACACAAUAUUAUGGUUCGAGUUUCUCUUAAAUCCGUCUUUGCUCCACGAACAUCUUUCCAAACCGUUUCCAGACCCGUCACCAACGGAUCUGAUAAUAAAAUUCAUGACAAUAAAUUUGGAGCAAAGAGAUGGUGAUGUCAAAAUUGUUGAUGUCGAUGCAAACGAAGUGCAGCAAAACAUGAUCAACAAGUGGAGUCUCAAAAAUCUGGCACUAAAAAUUCUUUCGCUUAAAGUAGCCGCCUAUUUAAAAUGGGACCUAGAUAGUUUGGAAACAAAAUUACCAUUGCCAAUGCAGAUUUCACUACUGCAGGAUCUAUUUUACGUAGCCACAGAAACCAUUGUCGAAAUUCCAAUGAUUCCUGAGUACCAAUUGAAUUCUAUGAGCGAUCAGCUUCUUUUUACAGUCGUUCUUUACCAUAGGUGGCAUUUGAGAGCGAUCGUUUGUAAGUCAUUAAACAGUCGACAGAUCAAACAGCCGUUUGUUCACAUCCCGGGUAUACAAGAGGUAACAUAUGUUCCUCCUGCUGUGACCGACGAUAUAAUGAGAAAGUUGGAGACGUAUCUUCCCAACACUAUCAAUACUCUGAAUGCUGUUUUAGAAUUAAAUGAUAUUUCACCAAAGGUCUUAUCGUUUGAGACAUUUGUUAUGCUGACUGAGGAUAGUACAGAGUGCAAACAGAAUUGGGAAAACAUGUACAGUAUAAGUAUUGAGGAGUUUAAGUGUCAGAUACACUAUGAUCUUGCAGUAUUUUAUCUUCUCAGGGAAGAUUAUGAAAGUGCCAAACGACACGUUAGUGGUGCCAAAGAACUAUUUCAAAAACUGGAUACUUCUAUUCCCUUGAUAUAUUGUACAGUCCAAAAGGAAUAUUUAGAAGGUUAUUGUUUGGCUUGUGAAAUACCGGUGGAAAAUAUCAAGAUAGAUCUCGUGCAACAAAUGCAUUCAUCUAUCAAAGACCAGUAUACGAACAUCGUACAGGUGCUGCAGGCGGACAAUGUGAGCAGAGAAAUUCCUCAAGUUUAUAGGGACAAUUUAGAGCUGGAUAUACAGGGCGGAAUGGUUAAUAGAAAAAUCAUUGUAGCUCGUGAUUUGCUUGUACAGAUUCAGUGCCUUAAUUUAGUCAGGAAGGUGCUUGAAAGCGAAAUUCUCCUCGGUGACUACAUUGCAGAAAUUAAAACUGCAGGCACAAAGGGACUCAACACACUAUUUUGGGCUUUUGGUAGUGUCAUAGACAAAGUGACAGAACUGGAUAAGAGGCGUAUUUCACGAUUUUUAUUGUAUCUUGUACUGAGUGGUGAAAUAGAUGGACUUGCAAGUCAAUUACUUGAUGAUGCUAAUCUGCGAUCAUUAUUCAAUGAAGAAGAAUUAGGGGAAGUUAAGAGAGAGGCCGAACAGAAUGAUCUUGAAAUUCCAGAUUUGUUAACAAACAAUGAAUGGGGAAUCCAAACAGUGACCUACACACAAAACUCUAGAGUGGAUGUCGGUGCUUUGGAGCAGCAUAUAAUUAUGUCUUACAACCCGCAUGAAAUACGUGAACUUUUAAUACGCAUCGCCAGUACAAAUCGAAGGAAACCAAUAUGGCGAGUAAACAACUGUUGGGUACUUCCCAUUCCUUUGCAAAGUGUGGUAAUGUCAUUACCGAGAGGUUUGCUGCAGGAUUAUUCCUACGUACUCCUAGCCAAAAGUCGAGAACUCGUCACAUCCAAAGACUUUGUCGGUGCUAAAGAGAUGCUGAAUAUCCUACAGCAGGAAGUGCAGCUGAAUGUAGCUGGUGGCAACAGUUCAAUAUUUAAAUUAUGCCAACUUGUAGCAUGGGAAGCAUUGUUGAUCGAAAUAUUGCACUGCCUCUACGUCUGGCCGGCCAAUAAUAUUUGUGACAUGCAGACUUUGGUUGGGGAGUGUAAACAGUGUCUGGGUGCUUUGCAAGCUACAGAUCAAGUUAUCCCGCGACAAGAGAUAAUAGAAUAUUGCAUAAUAUUUUUGUUGAAUAUGGCUGAAUGGGACUAUUUAACAAGUAUAGAAAAACGAUGGAGUUACGCUGAGUUAGCAGCAGCGAUAAGCACUGCUUGCCAAGACAUUGUUAAGCACAAAGGAAGUAGAAAGUUCCCCAGAGAAGCCUGGGACAUGGUUCUAGUAGUGUUUGGGCCUGGCAGUCAACAACCGCAAAAACGAAGCAGUAGCGGAUCUAGUGCAAGUAGUGCUUCUAGAGAUGCUAUCAUAGCUGUAAGUGGAGCUCUCAGUCGACUUCGAGAACCUACCGCUCUCACUGUUGUCACAUCGUUACUGGCACGGCUGCAUAACGUUCUCCGUGACGAGUCUAGCCUCGAGCUUCACACCCAAUACUUGAAUCUUUGGCCAGCUACCAUUUCUAAUUCCAAUUCGUACAACACGAGGACAAUUGGGGAAUUCUUGUUUCAAGUUUUGUCUCAAGCACUUAAGUAUUACCCAAGCAAUGUUUCUUGGUUAAAAUUGAUGGCAGAUCUUAAUUUUGUUCUCGGCUAUCACGAAAGUGCCAUGAAGUAUUACCUUGAGGCCACGAUGGUUGCCAGUGAUCUCUUUAGUCAGCCUGUGCCACGCACUCAGAUUGAUGAUCUCGUCUAUCGGCGUAUGAUUAAAUGCUGUGCGCACUUGCAGUGUUACACACAGGCGGCAGUGUUGUGUCAAUUUUUAGAAGAAGUAGAUUACGCUUUGGCGUUCAAGAUGAUGUCUAGCGAUCAGAAGAGCUGCGCUGCAGCUGAUGCAAUGGAUGCUUAUUAUCACUGUAUAUGGGACACGACGAUUCUAGAAUUUCUUAUAUAUUUGCACACCAAACGAGGCGAGCACCACAGAAAACAGCUCGCGGUAGAUCAAAGUUAUAGGACUGUUAGAAUUAAACUCUAAUAAUAAUGAAGAAAUUCAACGGGAAGCUGCAAACAUUCGAAAAGCAAAAUUUUUGAGAGCUCUGGCCAAACAAUAUGUGUAUUGAUUACUUUCAUCAAAACAUACAUUGAAGUAUAUAAGUACUUUGAAUUGAUUUCUGUUAAUGAAUCUGUCAAUAAUAGACAUUUUUAAUAUAGAACGUCCUUAUUUUGAGACUAGCAUACCUGUUGAACAGAAAUAUCAUUGAGGCAAGAAUAAAGUCGAAAAUAGACUGAUAUAGUGAUAUAUUUUUGCCCAUAGCAAAAAAUAAUGAAGGGAGAGGAAAUGAAGAACGAGACAGGCUUUAAUAAAUAUAGUUUAAUGUCAUUGGUUGAUUCAUAAAUUAUUUUGUGAAAUCCAAAGCAGUGCUAAGUAUCGUGUCUUCUAGAAUAUCACAGAUUAAUAAAUAUAUUUUAUAAUCUAUAUUAUUAAUGAAACUUUUCAACAAUGCCAGUUCGUAUCCAAUAU